AUGAAAUCCAUCAUUAUUGUUGCUUUCAUACUUCUUGGUUGUGUUGCUUUUAAUGAAGCACUUCAAUGCUAUUCGCAUGAUGCAUGUACAGCUAAUUGUCCACAAUUGAAGGAUACGAUUAAGACUUGCGGUGGCGAUGAUAAUAAAUGUUAUAAAGGAACUUUGCUUGGUGGCGUUACACGUGGCUGUGCUAAGGAACGAUGUACUGUUCAAGUUGAAGGUAAUGCAGUAGCAUCUAGUAUCUGCUGUGAAAAAGAUUUGUGCAAUUCAGCAAUUACAUCCAAAUUAACAUUUAGUACAUUUUUUGUAAUUAUCGCUGCUUUUGUCUUGGCUCGAAUGUAA